GGUUAGGUUGGGGGGUGUCGGUUCGUUCUGGACGGAGCAUGACUCACGGCCCAUCCCAUGUCCCCGACGCCCGCCCGCCCGCGCAGAGCUCGCUCCAGGGUUUAGCGGAGGAGGAGGCGGUGGCGAGCUUAGUAGGAAAGAGGCGAGGGGGACUCUUAUUUUGUUAGGGGGACCGGGCUAAGGCUCGACCGGCCUGCCAGGGUGAGCCCGGGGCCGGGCGUCAUGUCUCAGGCAGCUGAGCAAGCUCGGGACGGCGCAGAGUCCGGCGCGGAGGGCCCUCGAGCCGUGUUCGUGCUGUUGGAGGAGCGCAGUCCAGCCGAGUCGGCCCAGCUGCUCAGCCUGAACUCUUUACUUCCUGAAUCCGGCAUUGUUGCUGACAUCGAAUUAGAAAACAUCCUCGAUCCUGACAGCUUCUAUGAGCUCAAAAGCCAACCCCUGCCCCUCCGCUCAAGCCUCCCCAUCUCACUCCAGGCCACACCAGCCACCCCAGCUACACUCUCUGCAUCAUCUCCUGCAGGGGGCUCCCGGACCCCUGCCAUGUCGAGCUCUUCUUCAUCGCGGGUCUUGCUGCGGCAGCAGCUAAUGCGGGCCCAGGCCCAGGAACAGGAGAGGCGUGAGCGCCAGGAACAGGCGGCAGCCUCUCCCUUCCCCAGCCCUGCACCGGCGUCACCGGCCAUCUCUGUAGUUGGCAUCUCCACUAGAGGUCAUACUUUGGGCCGGCCACCACCUGCUCAGGUGCCCAGGGAGGUACUCAAGGUACAAACCCAUCUGGAAAACCCAACACGAUACCAUCUACAGCAAGCACGCAGGCAGCAGGUGAAACAGUAUCUUUCCACCACUUUGGGACCCAAGCUGGCUUCCCAGGCUCUCACCCCACCACCAGGGGCUUCAAACGCCCAGCCCCUCCCAGCCCCUGAGGCAUCCCAUGCUACUGGCCCUACUGGCAGUGCUCCCAACAGCCCCAUGGCCCUGCUCACCAUUGGGUCCAGCUCAGAGAAGGAGAUUGAUGAUGUCAUUGAUGAGAUAAUUAGCCUGGAGUCCAGUUACAACGAUGAGAUGCUCAGCUAUCUGCCAGGGGGUUCCACAGGACUUCAGCUGCCCAGCACACUGCCUGUGUCUGGGAGUCUACUUGAUGUUUACAGUGGUCAGGCCGUGAGUACACCGGCCAUUACUGUCAGCAAUUCCUGUCCAGCUGAGCUGCCAAACAUCAAAAGGGAAAUCUCAGAGACUGAGGCGAAGGCACUUUUGAAAGAACGUCAAAAGAAAGACAAUCACAACCUGAUUGAGCGUCGCAGGCGAUUCAACAUUAAUGACCGAAUCAAGGAGCUGGGCACCCUCAUCCCCAAGUCCAGUGACCCGGAGAUGCGCUGGAACAAGGGCACCAUUCUGAAGGCCUCAGUGGAUUAUAUCCGCAAACUGCAGAAGGAGCAACAGCGCUCCAAAGACCUAGAGAGCCGGCAGAGAUCCCUAGAGCAAGCCAACCGCAGUCUGCAGCUCCGAAUUCAGGAGCUAGAAUUGCAGGCCCAGAUCCAUGGUCUGCCAGUAUCUCCCAACCCAGGGCUGCUCUCCCUGGCCACGACUUCAGCCUCGGACAGCCUGAAGCCGGAGCAACUGGAUGUGGAAGAGGAGAGUCAGUCCAGCCUAGCAACGUUCCAUGCAUCUGGGGGACCAGGAUCUAGUGCUCCCCAUCAGCAGCCCCCCGAGCCACCUUCAGAUGCCCUUCUGGACCUGAACUUUCCCAGUGACCAUCUGGGGGAUCUAGGGGACCCCUUUCAUCUCGGGCUGGAGGACAUUCUGAUGGAGGAGGAGGAAGGGGUGGUGGUGGGACUGUCGGGAGAUGUGCUGUCCCCACUCCGGGCUGCCUCUGACCCCCUGCUCUCCUCCGUCUCCCCUGCAGUUUCUAAGGCCAGCAGCCGCAGAAGCAGCUUUAGCAUGGAGGAAGAGUCCUGAUCAGGCCUCAACCCUCCCCUGGGACUUCCCCACCCAGGAAAGGAGGACACUGAGAAUGAGGCCCUGCCUUUCCUUCCCCCCUCUCUUGAGACAUCCCAGCCCAGGUGUUCUGGGGUACUGGAUAGAUGAGGCUCCACCUUCUUUAGUCAAGAGGAGGGACCUGAUUAGGCCUUGCCUUUCCUCCCAGAAAGAGCACGUUGCAAGUUUUGCUGUAGAAGGGAAGGCCUAUGAGCUCUGGGAACCCACCCCUACAUAUCACAACUUGGGACUCGCCCUUGCCCAGUUGAGGGAAGGAAACAGGCUGAGAUCUGUCUCUGUUCCUUAGGAACUCUUUCCUUCCUGAGAGUCCCACGAAAGAGAUUUAUCAGGAUGUUGGCCCUAGUCGUUCUCUUAGAACCUCUGGUCUCAUCCAUCCUGACAAGAAAGUAGUUGAAAUGGUGGAGGUCUCUCCAUGGGGGUUCAAGUCUUGUCCCUUUCCCAUGAAACUUGGUCUGCCCAAGACAGGGGCAGGAAGUGUGGGGGAGAGCCAAACCCAUCACCUAGGAAUUCAGUCUGGGCUACCUUCUAGCAAUGGAGGAGCCCUGCCCUUCCUUCCCUAUAGGAUUAACUCAGCACAGGUAUUUGAGGCUGGGAGGAGUCCGUCAGAAGAACCAGACACCAAGUAGAGAUCACAGACCUU